UCUGAGCCAUCUCGCCAUUGGCUCGGCACGUCGGUCUGCGUCAAAGGCGAGGCCGAGCGCGAACAGGCGUGCAGGCCUACAUGCAAACCUACCCCAAUUAUGGCUCGUGGGCUUCGCGCUCGCUCUCCAAUGUACGGAUUGUACGGAUUCCACGGCAAGGACCGAAGCGCUGGUACAUCUUUCCAUGUCAAUCUCACUCCUUUACUACUUAAUCAUGGCCUAGCCCAGCUUUGCCUUCACCAACACCUCCACUCUCAACUUUUCAGCCUCAUCAUAACCUUCUCCUGCCAUGUCACAGACGACAAGCUCAGUGCCGUCUUUGCACGAGGAAAAGUCACGACUGCCCCUAUCUGAUGUCGAACAACCGCCAGUACCAGUCGAUGAGAAGCAAACCGAUGCGACCGAGCCUACAGAGGCCGUGAGCCCAUUCCAUCCCAGUCAAUUUCCCGAUGGCGGAAGAAACGCUUAUCUGUGCCUCCUCGGAGGCUUCUGUUGUCUCUUCUGCUCAUUUGGAUGGUUGAACUGCGUCGGAGUGUUCCAAAGUUACUAUCAGCGCAAUCAACUGAGCGCGUACUCGCCCUCCACAAUCGCCUGGAUCGCUUCACUCGAGAUCUUCGUCAUGUUCGCGCCUGGUCCUAUCGUCGGUUUUCUUUAUGACAACUACGGCCCCAAGUACAUAUUGUUGUUCGGUACUUUGUUCCACGUGCUUGGUCUCAUGAUGACCAGCCUAUGCACCGAGUACUGGCAGUUCAUCCUCGCCCAAGGCAUCUGCAGCCCCCUAGGCCUGAACUGCAUCUUCCAGGCAGGAACGAGCACCAUUCCCACAUGGUUCUUGAAGAAGAGAGGCCUGGCAUAUGGAGUCAUGGCAGCUGGCAGUGGACUAGGCGGCAUCAUCUUUCCGAUCAUGGCAACACACCUCAUCCCCGAAAUCGGCUAUGGCUGGACAAUGAGAACAUUUGGCUUCCUCAUCCUCGGCAUGAUGACUAUCGCUUUCCUCACGGUCAAAUCUCGUCUACCGCCACAACCCAGGAACUUUGAAUUCAAGGUGUUUGUAGAGCCUUUUGGAGACAUUCGCUUCGUCUUACUGACGAUUGCGUCAUUUUUGUUCUUCAUGGGACUGUUUAUACCCAUCAACUUCAUCGAAGUUCAAGCGAUGGCAGCUGGAAUGUCGACUACCUUGGCUGGAUAUCUUCUAGCUAUUCUCAACGCCGCAAGCAUCUUCGGUCGCAUCAUUCCCGGUGCUCUCGCGGACAAGGUUGGCAGGUUCAACAUGCAGUCACUCUGGUGUCUGGUAGCUGGCAUUCUGGUCCUUGCACUCGCUCUCCCCGCAUCAGGCAACGCGGCAUUCAUCACAUUCGCCGGCCUCUACGGAUUCGCUUCUGGUGCUUUCGUGUCACUGUUGCCUGCACAGAUAGCGUACAUCUCUAAGGUUGAGCAGAUCGGGAUCCGUGUUGGUGUUGUGUUUGCCUGCAUCUCGAUUGCGGGUUUGGUCGGUAACCCAAUUGCAGGAGCUAUUGUUGUUAAAAACAACGGACAGUACUGGGGACUAAAUGUCUUCUCUGGUGUCAUGAUGCUGGCGGGAGCGGGUAUGUACAUAGUGACGAGGAUGUAUGUUGCAGGAUGGAAGGUGUUUGAACUAGUCUAGUUGCAUCUGUAACCAAAUCAAGCUCUACCCACACUAGGGAUGACAGACUGUGUUGCAUCACAGAUAGGUUGAAGAAUACUCUAGGAAGAAGUAUACAUGAUC